AUGGAUCAACAUGUACAAAUAUUCUGGAUGUUUCGGCAUUCUGGUUCUCCUCGCUCAGCUGUAUCUGCAUUCUGGUUCUCCUCGCUUGUAUUCAGCAUCGCUGCUGCUCUUAAUAUCAACUCCGUACAAGCAGGUCUGUCAUACGUUGGAGUUUGUCUUGCUGCUGCGGGGAAUUAUCUGACCCUCGCAGUUGUUCUGGCGUGGGCAGGCUCGAAUGCGAGAGGCGACUUAAAGCGUGGAGUUGUACUAGCAAUGGCCAUUGGUAUCAGUAACCUUGGAGGUGUCUGUUCCUCCUUCAUCUAUGUUGACCCGCCACGCUUCCACAUUGAACAGGGCACCAACAUGGGAUUUAUUUCACUUUCAAUCAUAAUGAGUAUCUUCGCUAUGUGGAACUACAACCAGCUGAACAGAAAGAAAGAAGUGCGGUGUCUGGCAGAAAACAUUGGCGACAAUAGAAGAUACGAAUUCAAGGACAUAGGCGAUGCCAGUCCGCUUUUCAGGUGA